AUGAAAACCCGAUCCUCCAGAGUCCCCUUACCUUGUGGCUGCAGGGAGCUGCGCCUGUGGCUGCUCGGGCUUCCACUUCAUCGCGUUUGCUCAGCCAGCCUCAGCCAGCUUUUUCUGCUCGCAGGCAUCGUGUUGUCUUGCAGUCUUUGCCUGGCGGGUCUGCAAGAGCGCGUGUUGUAUGUGCCCGGCUUCCGCUACACAGGAUGGUUGGCCCUCAUAACGUCCUUGUCUUACACCGGCUUGUCCCUCGUGGAGCGGCGAUGCGAAGCCGACCGGCAACGGCACGGUUCCGGCGCAGACUACCUGAAGCUGUCAUUCCUGACCAUGGGCGGGAUGUACUGCACGAACUUCAGUUUGCAUUACCUCAGCUACCCGCUCAGAGUUGUGUUCAAAUCGAGCAAGCUCAUCCCAGUGAUGUUGCUGAGCGUGUUGUACUUGAAAAAGCGAUACACGCUCGCCCAGUACCUCGCAGUCAUUUUGCUGACUGCAGGUGUGAUCGUUUUCACCUUGGGGGAUGCGAAAGGCAAAGCUCUUUUCGACCCUGUGGGAAUCUUUUUCGUCUGCAUCGGCUCCUUGGCCGAUGCCAUGGCCGCCAGCUAUGAGGAGAAGCGCUUCUUCGUUCAGAUGGGCUGCUCGGCCAAUGAGGUGGUCCUUUUCAGCAAUCUCCUAGGCAGUGUUUGGGCCAGCGCAGCCACGCUGAUCACGGGGGAGCUCCUUUCGGCAGUGCGCCAUUCUGCGGACCACUGGGAGACAGUACCAAUGAUUGUAUUCGCCUCCCUUUUCGGCUAUGUGGCACAAAGCGGGGUGUUGCUGCUGAUCAAGCACUUCGGGGCCACCGUCUCGGAGAUUGUGAAAAGCUGUCGAAAGGUGACCACCAUCUGCGUAUCCUUCCUGGUUUUCGGGAAGCCUUGGAAUGGCUACCACAUGGCUGGGCUUCUGCUCUUCGUGGCCUCCGUCUCGGCGGAGCGUUUCGGGGCCGGCGGAUCCUCCAGGCGUUUUGCUACCAUCCUGUUUGUGAGCUCCUCCUUUAUUGUGCUGCGCCUCUUUACCGGCGGCUUUGGGCCUUCGGCGUUCAGCGUGGUGAUUGACGCUGGCUCAGCUGGCACCCGGCUGAACAUUUUCCGCUUCGACGCCUGGACCAUGAAGCUUUUGGACAUGGACGGCCAAGCGCAGGUGUUUAUAGAGGAGGAGCCUGGCAUCAGUGACCUCUUCGAGAACAGCAGUGCCUUGCAACAGCAGAUGGAAAGGCUCCUGGAGGUGGCGGUUGCUGCAGUUCCCCAUGCACAAAGAGGCGUGACACCUCUGGCCUUGCGGGCCACAACCUCUUUGGAGCAGCUGGACAUGGACCAGGUCCAGGACCUUAUGGAAGGGCUGAAGCACCUGGUGUCCCUCACUGGCUUCAAGGACGGUGGCGUGCAGGCAAUGUCCGGCGACACCGAGGCAGCCGCCGAAUGGCUGACUGUGAACAUGCUGAUGAGCGUUUUCAAGCCGGGCAUGCAAGGAGUUCGGGAUCCAGUGGCGGUGAUGGACCUUGGGGGGGCUACGCUUCAGAUGGCGUACUACCUUGCAGACGAGGAUGUCUCCAGAGCAAAGCGGCAGCUGUUGGAUGUGUACGUCCAGAGGAUCAACUUGCCUUUUGGAAGCGGCAAUGUCCACGUCUACAGGCACAGCUACAUCGGCUAUGGGCUGAUCACAGCCAAAGUCAAGAGCUUCAAGUAUGCCGAGAAGGCGGGCUUCGAAUUGGACAGACAUCCCUGCCUGCCCAAUGCUGAAGAAGUGUCCGUGCGCGACUACCGCACGCAGCUGAAGGCCAAAGGAGCUUUCGAUAAGUUGGCGUGCAUCACCUUGGUUGACUACCUACUGCGAAAAGAUCUUCCGUGUCUGCAAGAGCCUGGCCGCAAGGAGCAGUUCUUGGGAAGAGCAAGCACUCCGGCCUUCGGCAAUUGCAGCUUCGCUGGAGUUUGGGCCGGACCGGGCACAGGCUCGCAGCGCGUGGUCCUCAAGUCCUACUUCUACGACCGGAUGCGCGAUGCUUCGGUCAUCGCCCCGGGCGUGCUUUCAGCGCGAGUCCCUGCGGGCAAAUUUGCGGUGCAAGCAGAUCGCGCAUGCUCUGCAGCUGCGCAGUCGAUUGAAGAGUUGGCGCGGGAGUUCCCAGGUCUCACAAAGGAAAGGCUGGUAUGGCUUUGCUUCGACUUGACAUUCCAGGCUCGGGUGCUGCUGAUCGGCCUUGGCUUUCCAGAGGCCAAAGAGCUUCUGGUGGUCAAGAAGCUUCUGCACAAUGACUUGCAGAUCGAAGCUUCCUGGGCCUUGGGACUGGCAGUGAGCCAACUGAUCAGCCGUGAGCUCCCGGCCUAG